GAGAGGCAGCUGGAACUUUGCAGUGGGGGACGAAGGACUGAGGCCUGGAUCUAGAGAUCUGAAGGCACCCCAACCCCACCAUCUCUCAGCUCUGGAAGUCCCCCUCUCCUCUUUGUCCUACUGAGUCCAGAUGACAGAAACCCCAAGAUGUGAUGGUCCUGCGCCUUUCUCAGGGAAGAUUCAUGACCUGCCCCCCGCUUAAAGCAGUUAAGCACUUGGCCUGUUUCUCUCUUUCACCUUCUCCCUGGAACAAGUAAAUCCACUCCCACAGCUGAAGUCACAUCUUAACCCUAAUGACACAGGCCCCUGUGUCCCCUACCGAGCCCUAAGAUUCCUUCUGGGUGUCUCCAGACAGAGCCGUCUUUCUGCCCCACCCCCCCGCCCCCUGCCCAGCUCUUCUCUCCAAUGUUCUUCAUAUCACUCAGGGUCAGUCUGGUAUCUGUUGAGCGUCCUACUGCAUGUCUGGCACUGUUUGGGGCCCUGAGGACCCGACAGUGAACAAAGCAGCAGCAGGUUUCCGUUUCCUUCCUGCCUCAUGGAGCUGACAGUCUAGGAGGAAACAGGGCCAGUGAACAUGUAACAAAUCGUCAGGAUAAUUUCAGGUCAUGGCAAGUGCUGAGAGGAUGGCAGUUGUAGAGGGAGGCAAGGGAAGGAGAGGGACCAGGAGGCGCUCUAGAAAAGGAGGCCAGGGAAUGUCCCUUGGAGUAGGUCAGUUUUGUGCUGACUUCAAAGAAGUGAGAGAGCAACUCCUUGGGUUCUAUUUGGGAAGAGCAUUCCGGGCAGAGGCAACAGCCAAUGCAAAGGCCCUGCGGCAGGUUGGAGACUGGCUGAUUCUGAGGAACCGUGAAGAGGCGGGUGUGGCAAACAGCAGAGUGAGCCAGAGGGGCUGGUCCCUGCAGGGCCUUUUUGACCAUCAAGGAGGCCGGCUUUUGUCCUAAAUGAAAUGGGGAAGAUGUUCAGCAGGGGGAGGCAAGAUGUCAUUUGGCUCCUUCGAGGAGGGAGAAAGCCAUUGAAGAGGCCAGGGGAACCUAUGUAGUGACCUGAACUAGGUAGCGGCUGCCGAGAUGGAGGGGAGAUAGGGCAGGGCCUGGAGCAUCUUCAUCAAACAAAGGCGCAGUUGUGGAAAUGGGGGUGGCUGUGGGCCAGGCCUGUGCCUGUCCUCCUCUCUCCCGCUGCAGAACCUGCAGACCCAGGGCUGGCCAUGAAGGUUCUGCUCCUCACCGGACUGGGGGCCCUGUUCUUCUCCUACUAUUGGGAUGACAACUUCGACCCUGGUGAACUUCCUGAGUUACGUGCAGCUGACUUCGUUGGCGCUGCCCAGCCUGACGGACAGCAAAGGCUCUCUGGUGGUCGUGUCCUCGCUGCUCGGCCAUGUGCCCACAUCCUUCUCCAGCCCGUACUCGGCGGCCAAGUUCGCGCUGGACGGCUUCUUCGGCUCUCUGCGGCGGGAGCUGGACGUGCAGGACGUGAACGUGGCCAUCACCAUGUGUGUCCUGGGCCUCCGGGAUCGCGCCUCGACUGCCGAGGGAGUCAGGGGCGUCACGAGGGCCAAGGCGGCCCCAGGGCCCAAGGCAGCCCUGGCCGUGAUCCGCGGCGGCGCCACACGCGCCCCUGGCGUCUUCUACCCGUGGCGCUUCCACCUGCUCUGCCUGCUCCGGGGAUGGCUGCCGCACCCGAGGGCUUGGUUCAUCCGCCAGGAGCUCAACGUCACCGCUGCCGAGGCUGCCUGAGCCCCCGGCCGUGGCACUCCUUCAUCUUCCCGGAGGGGAACCCUCCAUCCAGCCGCCCCAGAGCGGCGGCGACACAAACCGAGACACCUCUGAGCUGGUGGCCGUGGCUCAAGACAGAGUCAUCAAGACAGAAAAGGACAACCGAGAAAGUCUCCCAGCCCCUGGAAACGGUCACAACUCCGGGCGAGGUGACACGGUUGCUGCUUCCAUUUUGUAGAUGAGAAAGCUGAGGCUCAGAGAGGUGGUGUGACUUGCCCAGGCCCCUGGCCAUGUCAAACAGGGCACCCUGGGAACCCUGUCCGUCUCCCACCUGGAGCCAGUGCCUCCCUGAUCUCUUCUUUCCACUCACGCAACCUUGGAGGGUCCCCCUACCCUGGCCGCAAGCAGGGGACAGCCUUCUAACUGUCCAUCUGCCGAUGGGGUCUGAGGCCGGGGAGGAGGGAAAGAAUGUGUUCUGGGCUGGACCCAGCCUUCUGUUUCAUAAUAAAAAUCCUUCUUCCCUUGCA